UCUUAACAAAUAACAUAAAAAUCAGUUUAAUAAGAAGAAAAAGUUCCCCACAAGUUAUAAUAACUAAAAGAACAAGUAAUAUAAAACUACUUCGGAACCCAAAUGGCAAAUUAAGAAAUAUAAAUUAAAUAAUAAUAAAUUAAUAAGGGUUCCUUUGUGGAAAGUUACCCUACAAAAAUCCCAGAAAUUGCAUCCUAAAAUCAGCCAUUAUUUUGGAUUUAAGAAUUCUAUAUAAAAACAAACAAAAUGCAGGCCAAAAAGCGUUACAUACUGGUCUUUGUAUCCUGCGCUUUUUUGGCCUACGCCUACUUCGGGGGCUACAGGCUGAAAGUGUCACCAUUGCGACCCCGUAGAGCCCAGCACGAGUCCGCCAAGGAUGGCGGAGUGCAACCCCACGAACAGUUGCCAGGAUUCCUGGGCUCCCUGGAGCUGCAGGAGCUGCAGCAUGUGCAGGGUAAUCAAUCCCGGAACCCGGAGGAUCUCCCCAAAUCCAGUAGUAUAACUAGCACAAGAAGAUACGACUGCCGCAUGGAGACCUGCUUUGAUUUUACCCGCUGCUACGAUCGCUUCCUGGUCUAUGUUUAUCCACCGGAGCCGCUGAACUCCCUGGGUGCGGCUCCACCCAGCUCCGCCAAUUACCAGAAGAUUCUCACUGCCAUCCAGGAAUCGAGGUAUCACACCAGCGAUCCCACAGCCGCCUGCCUCUUUGUCCUGGGCAUUGAUACCCUGGACAGGGACCUGCUCUCCGACGACUAUGUGCGGAAUGUGCCCUCGAGGCUGGCACGGCUGCCGCAUUGGAACAAUGGGCGGAAUCAUCUCAUCUUCAAUCUAUAUUCGGGCACUUGGCCGGAUUAUGCGGAGAGUUCGCUGGGCUUUGAUGCCGGUGAGGCGAUCCUGGCCAAGGCCAGCAUGGGUGUACUCCAGCUGAGGCACGGCUUCGAUGUCAGCAUUCCGCUCUUCCACAAACAGUUCCCGCUGCGAGCCGGAGCCACCGGAUCGGUGCAGUCCAAUAACUUUCCCGCCAACAAGAAGUAUCUGCUGGCCUUUAAAGGCAAACGCUACGUGCACGGAAUUGGCUCCGAGACGCGAAAUUCUCUCUUCCAUCUGCACAACGGACGCGACAUGGUCCUGGUCACCACCUGUCGCCAUGGCAAGAGCUGGCGGGAGCUGCAGGAUAAUCGUUGCGACGAAGACAAUCGCGAAUACGACAGGUACGACUACGAGACUUUACUGCAAAAUUCCACUUUCUGCCUGGUGCCGCGAGGACGCCGCUUGGGUUCCUUUAGAUUCCUGGAGGCCCUGCAGGCCGGCUGCAUUCCUGUGCUAUUGUCCAACGCCUGGGUGUUGCCGUUUGAAUCGAAAAUCGAUUGGAAGCAGGCCGCCAUUUGGGCCGAUGAGCGCCUCCUGCUGCAGGUACCCGACAUCGUUCGCUCCAUACCACCAGAACGCAUCUUCGCCCUCCGCCAGCAAACACAGGUCCUGUGGGAACGCUACUUCGGUUCCAUCGAGAAAAUCGUCUUCACAACAUUCGAGAUCAUACGCGAACGGCUGCCGGAUUAUCCGGUGCGAAGCAGCCUGGUGUGGAACAGCUCCCCGGGAGCCCUGCUCACGUUGCCCACCUUCGCCGACAGUUCAAGGUAUAUGCCAUUUCUAUUGAACUCAAUGGGCGCAGAGCCGCGGCACAACUACACGGCAGUCAUAUACGUGCAGAUUGGCGCCGCCCUGGGUCCGAAUGCGGCGCUCUAUAAGCUGGUGAGAACCAUAACCAAGAGCCAGUUUGUGGAAAGGAUCCUUGUCCUUUGGGCAGCCGACCGACCGCUGCCGCUGAAGAAACGUUGGCCCCCCACCAACCACAUACCAUUGCAUGUCAUCUCCUUGGGGGGCAGCACAAGGAGUCAGGGAGCUGGACCCACAAGCCAGACGACUGAGGGACGACCUAGCAUAUCACAACGAUUCCUGCCCUACGACGAGAUUCAAACGGAUGCCGUUCUGUCCCUGGAUGAGGAUGCCAUCCUCAAUACGGAUGAACUGGACUUUGCUUACACGGUGUGGCGGGAUUUUCCCGAACGCAUUGUUGGCUAUCCAGCGCGAGCGCAUUUCUGGGAUGAUUCCAAGAAUGCGUGGGGUUAUACGUCCAAGUGGACAAACUACUAUUCGAUAGUGUUAACGGGGGCGGCCUUCUACCACCGUUAUUACAACUACUUGUACACCAACUGGCUGUCGUUGCUGCUCCUUAAGACUGUACAGCAGUCCUCCAAUUGCGAGGACAUCCUAAUGAACCUGCUGGUCUCGCAUGUGACCAGAAAGCCGCCCAUCAAGGUGACGCAGCGCAAGGGCUACAAGGAUCGGGAGACGGGACGUUCGCCCUGGAACGAUCCCGAUCAUUUUAUUCAGCGUCAGAGCUGUUUGAAUACCUUUGCGGCGGUCUUUGGCUAUAUGCCGCUGAUACGUUCCAAUUUGCGCAUGGAUCCGAUGCUAUAUCGUGAUCCUGUUUCCAAUUUGCGCAAGAAAUACCGACAGAUCGAGCUGGUCGGCAGCUAGCGAUAUGUGCAUCCUGGCAAUAGCUACAAGCGCUAAGAGUACUGAAUACAUAUACACCACAACACAACACAACAGCAAACACCCAACAAACACACACCAUAAGUUUAGACGAAAUGCUGUUUUUUGACGCUGGCCAAGCGACGCAAGAACUAUGUUAAUUAUUAUUAGUAGCGAAACGAGGGAACUUAGUUAGGAGUGAAGUAUGUAAAUGUAUGUAUGGGUACAUCGAUGGAGGCAUCCGGCAUGUGUAUAUAUACUAUAUAGACUCUAGAUACGAUUAUGUGAAGUAGCCUAGUUAACUGCAAAGCGAAGCAAACGAUUUUGCCAUCUUUUUUGCUAAUUUCAAAAAUUAGCUAAACGCGCUAAAAUGAUUUUUCUAUAUAUAUAUAUAUGUAUACGCGCCAGCAUAUGUAAAUGGAUAUACUAUGAUAUGAUAAGUAGCCGAUUUUUUGUACUGUGUGCGUUGAGUUUUGUAUGUGUAAAAUGUAAAUGUUUGUAUGUGCUAUGUCGUUGUUGUAACUCUUCGUGUAUAGUUAGUGAUUUAUCCAUACACUUGUGAAAACGUGAAUGUGGACAAUGAUGGCAAAGUCGUCUCACUUUCAGUUUGAGGCUCAUCGAAAUCCGUAUUCCACAUUCUCCGUACUGAAUACAAUCCGGGUUAACCGUGGCCAUUACACCAUAGAGAGGAACGAGCAGGAGGAGGAGCAGGAACCGGAGAGAGAACGAACUCCUUGAUGGCCAUUCAGCAAAAAGUGUGCACAAAUUUGUAGAGGAGAAGCAAUUAACUAAUACUAAGUUAAACGUUUAAGUAGCUUUCCAUUUCCAAUUUGUUAUGUGCAAUUAUUAUUUUGGACAACUCAGCUUUUAGUUCUUAACGUGGCCAUUUACCGACGUAUCUAUCUACGCCAAUCAAUUACCAAUAUGCAAUCAACUUUCUUAGUAACCAACACAGUCGCAUAUCAGAAAAGCGUUGAGAUUGAGUCUUUAGUUUAAGCUAUCACAAGGAAAUUUCUAUAUACAUACAUAUACUAUAGCGAAAGUAUAUAUUUCUAUGACUAUUUUUACAACAAAUAUACACCAUGAUUGCAGAUGAUUACGAACUCUUUGUUUUAUUAUUUUGACUUUGGUUUCACAAUUAUUUUAAUGAGUGCAAAGGGCAAUAAGAGCUGAAA